ACAGACAUAGAGCAGUUAUCGGUCUUCUGUGGUUACACAUUUUCUUCUCUUGGCAGCGAACGGACGGAUAUGUCAACUAGCCACCAUUGGUGUAGUUCUCCCUCAGUUUUCGUACAAAUAACUUAGUUAAGCAAUUCACUCCUUCACAAAAGAAAAAGCACAGACAGAAUGCCCAUUGAAGAUGACAGUGAUUUUGAAGAAGAGUGUGAAGUUCAUCAACAAAUUUCACUGCAACGUGGACCCGCACUGGGCGAAGAGCAACCAGCAGAUGAAGAUGAACAAUUCGAUUUGGAUGACCUACUGCCCUCCAUUGGCGAGUUUGGCAAAUAUCAAAAACUCUUGGUUUUCGGAAUAUGCCUACCAGCUUGUAUACCCUGUGGCUUUUGUGCUUUUAAUCAGCUUUUUAUGUCAGACACUCCGGAAGAUUACUGGUGCAAGAUACCAGAAUUACUUAACACAACAUCGGUGGAACAGAGAAAAUUGUUGGCAUUACCCCCAGACAUGGAUCACAAUACCGGCGAGCAUAGCAAGUGCUACCGUUACGCAGUUAACUGGUCGCAAUUACUUGAGAAUGCUAACAUCAGUGACUUGAAACCGAAUGACUCAUGGCCCAUUGAGAAAUGCCAGCAAGGCUGGGAGUACAACACCACCGAAGUGUGGUCCUCCAUAGUAAUCGACUAUGAUCUUGUAUGCGAUAAGGACAUUUAUCCUACCAUCGGCUUGGCCGCCCUCAAUGUAGGCGGUCCCAUAGGUGUAUAUUUAUUUGGACUACUAAAUGAUCGUGCAGGGCGCCGCACUUCAUAUUUCACAUGUUUGGCCACCUUGUUGCUUGGCAGUUUGAUAACAUCCAUCAGUACGGAUUUUUGGACCUGGGCUGGAAGCCGAGUCAUUGUUGGUCUUACUAUUCCAGCUGUCUACCAAAUUCCUUUCAUUAUAUCCCUUGAGCUUGUUGGCGAAAACUAUCGUUCCUUUGUAACCGUAAUGACAUGCACAUUCUACACCUCGGCCAUAAUGCUGCUCUCGGUAAUAACAUAUCUGGAAAGGGAUUGGGUGAAGCUCUCGUACUACACAUCGGUGCCCUUCUACUUAUAUUUCCUGUACUUGUUUAUUAUGCCGGAAUCGCCGCGCUGGCUUUUGAUGCGGGGCCGAUUGGAGGAGGCAUUAAAAAUCUUGGAGAAUAUGGCUCGUAUUAAUGGCCAUGAAUUUCCACCGGCUAUUAAAACCAAACUAGAAGCUCAAAUAUCACGUAACAAGUUAAAGGAGAAGAAGAAACAAGCCAAUGUGGGAGUAUCGGAUUUGUGCAGAACGCCCAAUAUGCGUUUGAAAACUAUUUUGAUAACGCUGAGCUGGUUCGCAAACGAAACCGUGUACUUGGGCCUCAGCUACUAUGGUCCUUCAUUGGGCAGCAACCAAUAUGUGAGCUUCUUCUUAUCGGCUGUUGUCGAAAUUCCCAGUUAUUUGGUAUGCUGGUUUCUCAUGGAUUGUUGGGGACGGCGUUGGCCUUUGAGUUUAUCCAUGAUUUUGGGUGGGGUGGCUUGUGUCAUUACAGUCAUGAUACCCGAUGAUGCGGUGGAUGAAACCUUGAUUUUAUAUCUUGUCUCCAAGGCUUUGUUGUCGGCCUCAUUUCUUAUAAUUUAUCCAUUUGCAGGUGAGCUCUAUCCCACACAAGUCCGAGGCAUAGGCAUAGGGGUAUCCAGUUAUGUGGGAGGUUUGGGUCUUAUAGUCAUACCUUUUGUAACAUAUCUGGGCAAGGAGAACCUUAAGCUUCCCUUGGUCAUUAUGGGUUUUAUGUCUAUGCUGGGUGGCCUCACGGGUCUAAGAUUACCCGAAACCCUGCAUCACCGUUUACCUCAGACAAUUGAAGAGGGCGAGGAAUUUGGCAAAGAAUGGACUAUGAACGAUUGCUGCACCUGCAAGCCAGAAGUGAAAGCUUCAUCCCAGCCAGCUUCAUAUGAAAAUUUGGAUGUUUUGGCUUCAAAUACUGGCUCUGAAGUUGAAUUGGAAAUGAAGUCCUCUUCGGCCUCAAGCAGUCGACGAUCUCGCCGUCCCAAAUCAAUUAUUGACGAACGUACACCGCUCGAUGUUAAUCGCUCUUCACGCUCCAUGAAAAGACUAGUGCGGCAAAUGAGCGUUAUGGACACUCAGAGGACCCAUGAUGGUACCAUGCAAUUAACACAUUGGAUAUGAGGCGAACAUGAGGACCUAGUUGUAAUUACGAGUAUUUAUAUUUAAAUGUAUGUCAGUAUUGUGUGCCUGUUAUUGUAAUCUUCCCAAUCUAGGAGUAGAAAUCCAUAUUGCCCCUAAUCCCUCUAGGUGUGGGAUCACAAUAAAUAUCAAUUUAAGUUGUUGUAACA